AUGAUAACCAAGAGCAAUAGCAGUCUCGGAUUCAUCUUGCGGCGGCGAGGCUUCGGGCCGCUCGCUGCCCUGGCGCUCAUUUUGAUCUUCUUGGCUCUAUAUCGGAGCCAUUACGGCCAUGGAUUCAGCGACAGUUGGGGUGAACCUCACGACCUUGGUCGUGUCUUCAACUCGACCCUCGGGUUUGAAGAUAUUCUUGUUGUCGGCUUGCCGUCACGGACAGAUCGCCGCGAUGGCAUAGUACUCGGUGCCGCCCUGUCGGGGCUUAGAUUCAGCUUCAUCGAUGGAGUAAAAGGUGACCAUGUCAACGAAAAGGCAGUCCCCGUAGGCGAGGAUCCAGAGAACCAUCUGAAGGGUCCGGGGCUGGGAUCCUGGCGUGGUCAUAUGAACGCCAUUCAGGAAGUUGUUCGGAGAAACUUGUCGUCGGCGCUCAUCAUGGAAGACGACGUCGACUGGGACGUCAGGAUCCGUCAGCAGCUUCACGACUUCGCCCUUUCCAGCCGAGCCCUCACCCAGCCGUUGCGAUUCCAGCCAGGCACAUACGCGGAUCCCACGUAUCCCAACCCAGUCGAGGGCUCGCCGAACAAGGUUCCCGACCUGAACUUUUCCACGCUCCCCGAUACCAUUCGCCCUUUGACUUCCCCGUACGGAGAUAACUGGGAUGUCCUCUGGCUCGGGCACUGCGGCAUGUCGUUUGCGUCUGAAAAAAACGCCCUCAUGGCCAAGGGUCGCGUGGUCCACAUGAACGAUGUUUCCGUGCCGCCCAAGAGGAAUCUCUGGUCGCUCAGCCCACCCUUCCUGCUCGUGGAUGACUACCCGGCACACACCCGCGUCGUCCAACACGUGCAAGAGGGCGUGUGCAGCCUCGCCUAUGCCGUCAGCCAGCGGGGUGCCCAGAAGAUGCUUCGUGAGAUUGCCCUCAAGCCUGUGACUGCUCCGUUCGACAUCCUGCUCCGCUUCUACUGCGAAGGGACCAGCGGCCUUACCAAGCAAGAGUGUCUGGGUGUCAGCCCACCUCUCUUUUCUCACCAUCGGCCGAUUGGCGCCAUUUCUUCCUCGAGCGAUAUUUCCAAACAUACCGGCGGAUUCAGAAAUGAGGCAGGCACGGACAUGAUUCGCUUCAGCGUGCGCCUGAAUGCCGGAGUCAUCAUCGAUGGCAGUACCAACUACGUUGAUCAGUUCCCUGAUCCCCCCGAAUGA